GCAAGAGCUACGAUUUCGGUUUUGUUUUCUUUGAUUUCCAGUCGCUGAACUAUACCGUUCGGCUGAUCAUUCUGUAAAGUCAGCACUUUGAUCCUCUGCAAACAGGGGUACUUUCAUUGAUCUCUGCUCGAUGGGAAAAGUGUAACCAUGUUCAGUUUUGAGGGAGAUUUCAGAAGAACACCCAAGGUGUCCCUUGGUGGUGCUAGCAGAAAAGAGGAAAAAGCAUCACUUCUUCAUCGAACACAAGAAGAGCGAAGAAAAAGAGAGGAUGAGAGGAAAAGAUUGAAAAAUGCAAUCAUCAUUCAGUCUUACAUAAGGGGAUACCAAGACAGGAAACAGCAAUAUGCCAUUCAGAGGGGCUCCUUUGACCACUGUGUGUGUCAGUGCCAGUCAGGCUCUGGCCCUCAGCUUACAGACAGUGCCAUACUCAGCCAACUGGUUCGCCAGCUUCUCUUUUUUUACAGACUAAGUGAAGACAGACCAAGAAUGAUCUGGAUGUGUCAGUGUUUAGUAAAGCAUCAUGCUCAGUUUGUCAAGCUGCUGACGGGGCCAGAAAGACAGAUCUGUCUGUUUCAGAUCAAGAGGUUACUGGGACACUGUUGCAGGUUAUUGCAAUCAUGUGAAGAUGACAGUCUGAAUGUGGCGGUUCCAAUGCGGAUGCUGGAGGUGUUUUCAUCUGAGAGAACCUACUUGCCCUUUCUACAGGAUGAAAAUUGUGUCACUUCACUUAUUGAGCAAAUUUUGCACUAUAUGGUACAGAAAGGAUUCUACAGGUCUCUGUAUGUUUUAGUGAAUCACAAGUUGCCGUCAAGUCUAGAAUACAGUGAUACCCCUUCCAUACCAUUGGCACAAACACUGCUGGAACACACACUCAAGCCUCUGCACUUUACAUACAGCUCCUGUCCUCCAGAUACCAGGCAGUUUGUUUUUUCAGCCUUCACCGAGGAGUUCAUCUCCGCGCCUUUCACUGAACAAAUCUAUCAUUUCUUCGUGCCAGCUUUGUCGGACCCAAAACUAGCUUUCCCAUUUCAAAACUUCCUUUGGUCCCUCCAGGCCACCAUAGCCUCUUCUGUGCAGGCCAGAACUCAGGCUCCCUGGCUCUUUUACUUUGUGCUCUCAGUCGGAGAAUCAGGACUGAGUUCACUCUCAGAGGAAGGGUUGCUGUUAUACCUGAAUGCUCUACAGACGCUUUUGCCUUUGUUGCCAGUGACAGAGUGUAACAGUAGAGCUGACAUCAACAGUGAUUCAGAAGAUGAGGAGGAAAUGACCGUACAGCAUCCUGCAGCACCGGAUGGCAGUUGGAUAUCUGUGCAUUACAUAACGGAGGAAUGUGUACAGAAGUUGGACACCAAGCAGCAGACUAAUGCUCUGUUAACAUUAGUGUGGAGAGACUCAGCAAGUGAAGAUGUCUUCACCAUGAUGGCCUCCAUCUGUCACACGUUGAUGGUGCAACACCGUAUGAUGGUGCCACGAGUCAGGCUUCUCUACAGUUUAGCCUUCAAUGCACGCUUUCUUCGGCACCUCUGGUAUUUAAUCACAUCUAUGAAGACUAAAAUGAUCACAGGCUCUAUGGUUCCCUUGUUGCAGGUGAUGUCUCGAGGUUCUCCAAUGACUCUGGAGGACUCUAACAGGAUCAUCCCUCUCUUCUAUCUCUUCAGUUCACUCUUCAGUCAUUCACUCAUCUCUGUGCACGACAGCGAGUUCUUUGGCAGCUCAGCUGAUGGUCAGAGCCAGUCGUCCAUGAUGCCCUUCUCUCUGGGAGAGUUGGUGACGUUGUCUCGGUGUUUGCGGGAUGCAUGUUUGGGAAUCAUAAAGCUGGCCUAUCCUGAGACUAAGACAGAGCACAAAGAGGAGUAUGUAGCGGCAUUUCGUAGUGUCGGAGUAAAAACCAACAGCCAAGUACAGCAGCGCAUUCAAGCUCAGCAGAAACGAUGGGUGCAGCUCUUUAAGGUGAUUACCAACCUUGUGAAAAUGCUGAAAGCCCGAGAUAUCCGAAGACCAUUCUGUCCAUCGGGUCAUUGGCUUUCUGAUGAGGUCAACAUCAGGGCAGACAAGGUGACUCAGCUCUAUGUGCCGUCUGCGAGGCAUAUGUGGAGAACCAGGCGAAUGGGACGAAUCGGACCACUUCAGUCCACAUUAGAUGUUGGACUGGAGCCUCCACCAUUGUCAGUAUCAGAGGAGAGACAUUUGGCAAUUCUCACUGAGCUACCGUUUGUUGUGCCCUUUGAGGAGAGAGUGAAGAUUUUUCAGAAGUUGAUCUAUGCUGAUAAGCGAGAGGUUCAAGGCGAGGGCCCUUUUUUGGAUGGGGUUAACGUCACCAUACGACGGAAUUACAUCUAUGAAGAUGCAUAUGACAAAUUAUCCCCUGAGAAUGAGCCUGAUCUAAAGAAGCGGAUCAGGGUUCAUCUUCUCAAUGCUCACGGGCUUGAUGAAGCUGGCAUUGACGGAGGAGGAAUAUUUAGAGAGUUUCUGAAUGAGCUGUUGAAGUCAGGCUUUAAUCCUAACCAAGGCUUCUUCAAGACCACCAAUGAAGGUCUUCUUUACCCGAGUCCCACUGCAGAGAUGCUUGUGGGAGAAUCCUUCACCCGCCAUUACUACUUUCUUGGCAGGAUACUGGGAAAGGCGCUGUAUGAAAACAUGCUAGUGGAAUUGCCCUUUGCCAGUUUCUUCCUGUCCAAGCUUUUAGGCACCAGUGCAGACGUGGACAUCCACCAUCUGGCCUCUCUAGAUCCAGAGAUGUACAGAAACCUGCUUUUCCUUAAGAGCUAUGAAGGUGACGUGGAAGACCUCGGCCUAAACUUUACAGUGGUUAACAAUGAUCUCGGGGAGGCCCAGGUGGUCGAGCUCAAACCAGGGGGAAAGGACAUCCCGGUAACCACAGCCAACAGGAUAGCCUACAUCCAUUUAGUGGCCGAUUACCGUCUGAACAAACAGAUCAGAGCACAUUGCCUGGCCUUUCGACAGGGUCUGGCCAACGUGGUCAACCUGGAGUGGCUGCGAAUGUUUGAUCAGCAGGAAAUCCAGGUAUUGGUUUCUGGUGCACAUGUGCCCAUCUGUUUGGAAGACCUGAAGAGAUUUACUAACUACUCGGGUGGUUAUUCGGCAACUCAUCCAGUCAUCAAAAUCUUCUGGGAUGUAGUGGAGAGCUUCAGCGAUGAGGAGAAACGCAAGCUGCUCAAGUUUGUCACAAGCUGCUCACGACCUCCGCUCUUGGGCUUUAAGGAGCUGUACCCAGCCUUUUGCAUUCACAACGGAGGCACUGACCUGGAGCGCCUCCCCACCGCUAGCACUUGCAUGAACCUUUUGAAGCUGCCAGAGUUCUGCGACCCUCAGCUAAUGAGGAACAAGCUGCUCUACGCUAUCGAAUCGUCCGCUGGCUUCGAGCUCAGCUGAGGGAAAACCACAAUUCCUUGAUGGCCUUGAAACUCAGACAAGAAGCUGCGGCCUUCAGUCAUAGUGACCAGCGAGGAAAUAAACAGCUAGUCCAUCCGCUGUGGAUCUACAGUGAUUCGCAGAAGUUGUGGCAUGAACAAAUGCGCUCCGUUUUAUUUUUUACUUCAAAUAGACUAAACAUGUAAAUAACACAUUUAUAAAUUCCAAGCAGCAUCCAAGAAAAGCACUAACACUGAAGCGGAACAUCUGAAUGUUGAAGAUACUGAGGGAAUAAAAUGGCUACGGAAAAUCGACAUGCAGAUUUACCUUUAGUUUUUGCAUUGCUAACAUCAAAGGCAAUCUUUUAAGACGAUGCCAUUUUAAGGUUGCGACUGCUCCUUGUCACCAUAUAGUGCAGCACAUAUUGAGUGUCUAUCAAUAAAGAUGCAUGCAUUAACCUCGCUGACUCGAGCUCAAACAUAAGCUUCUACGAUGUAACAGCAUGGCGAAAAUACAAACAUUAGCUUCAUACAAACGCUCAUGCCUUGACACGGGGCCUGCUAAUAAAAUUCUGAGCUAUUAAUUUUCCUGGCUAAAAAGAUGACUUUAUAGCUAAUGUGCCCAACAAAGAAGUUUAAUCGAGUCAUGGUGGGAUGUGUGAGGUUAACGGGUGGUAGGACAGAAAAUGGCGUGCAGUCGUCUUGUUUUUAAUCAUGUAGAAAUGAUGAGUUUUACUGACAGAAUGGAGCUGCAGCACACAGUUUGAUAUUUCAGUGCAACAAACAGGCCCGAUUGGAAGAAUUCAGGCCUUAAGAUCCAUUGCGUUUAACCAAAAUAAAUUUUCAACACAUUUUGAUCUUGGCAUUACAGCAAUGGAUGAUGAUGCUGAUGUUUGUGCAAUAAAAUUAAACCAGAGAUUUUGAGGACAUGCAGGUUGUUUUUAGGCUAGUGGUUCAAGGAGGUUUUUUUUUGAUGAAUGAAGUAUAAAUAUGACUUUGAAGCCUUUAUCUGGACACUAAUCCAACGUCUGCUGUAGCACAGAACAAUUCAGAUAAACACACUCUGUAAAAAAGGUCUGUAAAUUAGCAUUUUUCUGUAUUUUGCCAUUCAUGUUUGUUCUUUCAAGUUUAUUUAGGCUUUUGAAUUGCAUUCGGAGAUUUUGAUCUUUCCUCUAACAACUUCUGAUGUUAAAAAGUUUGAUAAAGUGACUUUUAACUCUGACAUUUUUAGUAGUUUGAACUGAUGCUGAGUGUGUAAAUUACAGUUCAAAAACCUGGUAAUAAUGUACCAGAGCCACAGAUUUAUUUCUGCAUAUUUUAUUUCUUAUUCAACGAAUUGUUUCAUUUCGUUAAACCGCACAGUUGAAUUUUCCACAUCAGAAGUCAUCAAAGCAGAGAUCAUUAUGCAAAACGCAAAUAAAUGGAAAAGCUGUCAAUCACAAAAUACAGAAAGCGUUAAUUAACAAAUCAUUUGAGCAGUGCAAGACUCGAGCGUUUACUUUCAACAUCCUGCGAUUGCUUCAUUUGAUUUGCUGCUACUUGCCGGGUUCUGAAAGGACAUGUUGGUUGUUUGAUUGGCAGAGAGCUGAAGAUGAUGUAUUUGUGAAUAUGUACAUGUCUACAUCUUUUAACGUCCGCACAGCAUUUGUACAAGACUUUUCAUUUGUCUGCUGUCAGUAGUCACCUGUUCCUCAACACCCAACGUCAUACAGGUGCUGAAUAUCUGAUUGUAGAUGUGUAGAGUUUGUCUUGAUGUUGGUGAUGAGAACGACAAGUGAUUGCAUUUGUGUGUGUAAAAAAAAAAAAAAAGUGUGCGUUUACUAAAGUGUACAUGCCCUGAAUGACAAAGACGGCUCUUCAAUCUGUGUAUCAGAGGGUAUGGCAGUUAUUAAAUAUGUUUUGGGGUUUUAUUUGCACCGGAGAGGUUUCUGAAUCUUUUGUUGAAACUGAGUAAAAACUCU